GAGCAAACCCUACGUGUCAGCCAGCCCCACCCAGACUGGCGCUGGACAUCCUUUCCAGCCUCUCCAGCCCACCCCACACCACCUCACCCCUCUGCUGGCAAGAGGGGGCCUGGUUCAUCUUCACACAAGAUCCCCACUCCACACAUCAGAUCAAGAUAGAGCAGAGUAGAACUGGGACAUCUCUGCCUCAGACCUUCACAAGUGAAUGAGCAUUUCCUCUCAACUGACUCAAAAUGUUUGUCUCACCCCGCAGAUGGAGCUCCCGCAGGCCUUCUCUGACCAGCGAACCUUGCUAUAUGCCAUCCUCAACCUGCUAUCACUCAGGCUCUUCACAACACCCCUGCUCAUCAGCUUCCGGUUUGUGGACACACAGAAGGUGCCCGAGCCCCUGCUCGGGAAAGGUCUGGCAACCAAAUGCUUUGACAUGCCGAUGCCCUUGGACGGGAGCAAUGUCCACACAUCAGCCCCGGAGGUGGUGCGACACAACCGGGAGACUGGGGAUGUCCACUUCUCCUACCAUGCCUUCCGCAAUGGCAUGUGGCUAUCCUGUGAGGAAAUCAUGGAAGAACCAGGGGAGAAGUGCCGAAGCUUCGUUGAACUCACACCACCAACCGAGAGAGAUGAGGAAGGACUACUGGAAUUUGCCACGUUGCAAGGCCCACGUCACCCCACUCUCCGAUUUGGAGGGAAGUGGUUGAUGGAAAAGGCUUUCCUCUCCCACCCACCUUCAGGGCUCGUGGCAAAGACCCUAUGGCUAUCGCUGGGAUCCCGAACUGCCCCCAUUGGACUUGAAUUCAUCAGCUUUCUCCGGCUACCGAUGGACUUGCUGCCAGCCUGCGGGCUCAAGCUGAGCAACUUUGCAGCCCUUUCCUCUGUGCUGUCAGCAUGGCCUGGAUUUUCCUUCACCUGUUGUAUGGCUUCAGCUGUCACCACCUUCAAUAAAAACACCAAGCUGCUGCUAAAGGUCAAGUGCAAGCACAGCAAAAGCUUCUGGGAAACCCUGAGCUGCCUGCCAUAUCACCACCAGUGUUACCUGGCACCAAUUACAGCGGGGUUACCAAUCACUAGCCACCCCCAAUACCUCAAUCCGCCCAUCCGUUUUGUCUCCGAAGGAGUUGACUUCUACUCAGAGCUACAAAACAAGGGCCUUCCACCAGGGAGUAACCAGGGCCUGAAGGAAGAGGUCUCAGGGUCAUCUGUAAAGGAAGAGCAAUGUUAGAAGAAAGAGCGUUUGGAGAGCCGGCUGAACCACCUUUCCGUGUUUGCUUGUUACCAACAAGUGCUUAAGCCAAACUGUGUGUCCCGAGCAUGGU